UGUAAGGAGAGAAAGAGAAGAAGAGGGGAGACAACGUGGUUUGAAUACAGAUGAGAGCAACUAUUGACACCUUCAGCCCACCAGUCUGCUGCGCGCGCGGACAAAGCUGAAAGGACGUGACUGCGAGGGAUCCAGCUUUUUUUAAAAACCCACUAUCUAUACAUGCCUGUUUAGCAGCGGAGUAUCUUCUCUUAUCUCUGUUUUGCUCCAUCCCGGAGGAAAAAUCUGGCAUCGGUUCUCGAAGCGCACAGAAAACCAAUAUUUCUGCCCCCACAGAACGAAUGUGCGUCUCUGGCAUGCUGUAAGUUCCUGUUAUCUGGACCGGACCUGUAUUAUGGCUUCGCUGUAUCAGAGAUUCACCGGGAAGAUCAAUACCACCAAUUCGUUCCCGCACCCACCUGAGGCCAGCCACCUUCUCGGAGGACAGGUUGUAGACGAGGAAAACGCAGGGAAGAGUCCUCAGCAGGUCGGCGACGGAAGACUUCAUGUGCAGUACCGCAAAAAAUGCGUGAAGGAGGACGAGGAUGACCUUGUGGGCAGUGCUCCACCGCAGAGGAACUGGAAAGGAAUAGCCAUCGCCCUGCUGGUCAUCCUCAUUAUCUGUUCCCUGAUCGUCACCUCCGUCAUCCUGCUGACCCCCAGUGAAGAUGACAGCCUUGCCCUUAAGAAGAAAGUAACUAUCGAGGAUGUUUUUGGGCCUGACCUUCGCAUCCAUGACCCAGACGCCAAAUGGCUCAGUGACAAUGAGCUGCUGUAUCGCACAAGAGAUGGGGACGUUGUCAAGCUUAAUGCUGACACAAAGGCGAGAACUGAUAUCGUGCCGCACCAGUUUUUUGACAGAGCCAAAGCCGCCAAGUACCAAGUGUCUCCAGACAUGCAGCACGUUCUGUUUGCCUUUGAAGUGAAACCGAUCUACCAACACUCCUAUGUGGCCAAGUACAUUAUUUACAGCCUUGUGACACAGGAAACUUGGCCCCUAAAUCCCCCUGAAGUGCAUGAGGCUGCCCUACAGUUUGCUGGAUGGGGACCCCGAGGCCAGCAGCUGGUCUUCAUUUUUGAAAACAACAUCUACUACCGAGCCACCGUAGUGAGCCCAGCGAUCCGCCUGGUGGCCACUGGUAAAGAGGGUGUCGUCUUCAAUGGCCUUGCUGACUGGCUCUAUGAAGAGGAGAUCUUGCAGACCCACAUAGCCCACUGGUGGUCUCCAGAUGGACUGCGUCUGGCCUACAUGACCAUCAACGACACGCUGGUGCCCAAGAUGGAAGUUCCCUUCUUCACAGGAACGCCGUACCCAGCCACUUUGGAGUAUCACUACCCAAAGGCUGGGGAGGAAAACCCUGCAGUGCACCUGUCAGUGGUGAGCCUGAACGGUCCCCUGCACACAGUGGUGAUGAAGAAACCUGAUGACCCCCGGAUAGGGAGGGAAUAUUAUAUCACUAUGGUUAAAUGGGCCACCAGCACCAAACUGGCUGUUAACUGGCUGAACAGAGCUCAGAACAACUCCAUCCUGACUCUGUGCGAGGCUACCACUGGAGUUUGUGUCAAGAAACACGAGGAUGAGAGUGAAAGCUGGCUUCACAGACAGAAUGAAGCGCCGCUCUUUUCCCAGGACGGGCACAAGUUUUUCUUCACCAGAGCGAUCCCUCAGGGGGGGAGAGGGAAGUUUUUCCACAUCUCUAUGUCCACCUCGUUGCCUAACACUAGCACAGACAUUCUUCAGUCACUGACAUCUGGAGACUGGGACGUCACCAAAAUCUUGGCCUACAAUCAUGAAAGGAACCUCAUAUACUUUCUGAGCACUGAAGAUGACCCUAAACGGCGGCACUUGUACAGUGCCGACACAAUCCCACCUUUUAACCGCUGCUGCCUGUCCUGUGAGUUUGUUUGCGGCUAUGUGGACGUCUCAUUCAGCCACAACAUGCACUACUUUCUACUCGACUGCAAAGGUCCGAAUGUACCUCGUGUGGCUGUCUACAGAACCAAGGACAAAAAGAAGGUGUUUGACGUGGAAACAAAUGAACUGGUGAACAUAACCUAUAACAACAUGCAGAUGCCCAAAGUGGAGAACAAGACCAUCAUCAUAGAUGACUACACUCUGACCAUGGAGAUUCUGAAGCCAGCCGGGUUCAUUGAUACAGCCCAUUACCCCCUACUGCUGCUUGUGGAUGGCACACCAGGUGGACAGAUGGUGUCAGAGCAGUUCCGGGUGGACUGGGCCACAGUUCUGGUUAGCAGCUUCAGCACCAUUGUUAUCCGCUUUGACGGACAUGGCAGCGGCUUCCAGGGCACCAACUUCCUCCACAAAGUCAGGAGGAAACUGGGCAAACUGGAGGAGAGGGACCAGCUGGAGGCUCUGAGGUUAAUAUCCAAAGAGCCUUAUGUGGAUAAAACUCGAAUGGGAGUUUAUGGAAAGGCCUAUGGAGGAUAUUUAGCCACAAUGCUUCUGAGCUCAGAGGAGUUCAUUGAUCUGAAAUGUGGCACAGCAGUCUCCCCCAUCACAGAUUUUGAACUAUAUGCGUCUGCAUUUUCAGAACGAUACCUCGGCUCGAGAACAGAUUCCAGAGUAUACACGAUGGCAAAUUUAGCACACAGAGCGGGUCAGCUUCAGCAGAAACAGUACUUAAUCAUUCAUCCAACAGCUGAUGAAAAGGUUCACUUCCAGCACACAGCCAAAUUCAUCAAUCAUUUAAUCAGUGAGAAGGCCAACUACACUCUACAGAUCUACCCCGACGAGGGACACUUCCUGCACAGUGAUGGCACACAGCAGCACCUCAGCCAGUCUCUGGUCAACUUUUUCGAGGAGUGUUUCCGAGUGCCAGAGAAAAAGUCAAACAAAGACGAUGAGGACGAGGAUGAGAGUUAAAGCACCUCCUCUGGGCAGACAAAUACUACAGCACAAUAUGCAACAAGAACUGACAUAACCAAUCAAACAACACCUGCUGUCCAAUCAGAUCCGAGCUCCACUCUGUGGUGCAGCACCUGCAUGUGCAAACAGGCCUCAGAGGCCACCAUCCCUCUCCUCUCCUUCUCCUCUCUCCUCAUGCUGGGACGAAACCUCAGAUGUGAACAUUCAUCUCUCUCUCUGCUGUUGGAACAUGCAGACUACAGGUCCCUCUGGUGGACUAAAAGAGGAACAACACCGAGCAACGCGUCUCCUUUCCAAGCCAGGCACAUUACUCCAGCGCUUUGCAGCACAAAAUAUCCCUUUUUGAAGACUGGAUCAUAACUUUUCAACAGCUACAGUUUUCAGAUAAAGCUGCCAGCCAACAUACAGAUUACUGUGUUCAUGAGUUUCACCACUGCUACUUGUUUCUCAGAGUUUCUCUGUUCAAUGUUGUGUCUAUGAGUGAAUGGUCUCUGGAUGCAUCCGCCCUAAGUUGCUUUACAAAUCAUGGGCACAACGUUUGACACGUGGUUUCUUCUAACUGGUUAGAGAUCAUUUUCCCUCCUCAUGUCUCUGAGUCAAACUUGUUCAUUUAGUCACUGUGCCUUACUGCAGAUGAAAUGUUCAUGUUGGGAGCCUACAUGACAGUGAAAGUGAAUACAGAAAGGCCUCGGCCCUUGAAACCAGAUUACUGACUAUGAUUUCAUUUAUCUUAAAACUGUUUUAAUAAGGGAAGUUUAAAUCCUAGAGUAUGGCACAUUUGAUCUAAAUCAAGGGAAGAACUUCACACAAACUUAGUGUAUAUCUCUAUGAAAGAUGGUGUAUACCGAUGAAAAUGUAACAAAUUUGUUUGCAGUUAUUUGACUUUGAAGAUGAAAUACUGGUGAGUUGUCUAAACUAUAAUUUUAUUUUCCUUUAAACAACUUGUGUGUUUUAUGGCUUGACUCGAUAUCCAUGUCUCUUCUUUGUUUGUUUUGUCAGUGGUUUCUAGUCAGCGGAUGUACAAAGUGUAUAAAUCUUCUAUUGUUUAAGUC